AUGAACAAACUUAAUCUCAUCAUUAUCUUUGUCUUAUUUGGCACUACUCAUACACGUCAAAUUGGUUCGAUAUCUGAUCAUGUAUUUACUUAUUCCUAUUCAUUUCAAACAAAUGACUUGCCGAUAACAUUACAAAAUAUAACAUCAUGCAGUGCUUGCAUUUGUACUGCUUUUAUGUCUUCAAUUGAUUAUGUGGCUAUCAAUUGUUAUAACAACAACAAUACUUGUCUGCUGUUACCUUCUUCAGCUAGUAGUAUAGGUAUUGUUUCAUCCCAAAACAAUUCAUUGUACAUACUAUCCAGUACGAUAAUACCACUGAUUACUGUAGGUAGUUCUACUAGUCUAUCCUCAACUAGUAUACCCGAUACUACUUCUAUACCAAGUAGCACUAGUUCAACAUCCACAAGUACAAGCUCUUCAUCAACUAGUAUCACUUCAACAUCAAGCAGCACUAGUUCAACAACAUCCCGUACUACUUCAACAUCGAGCAGUACCAGUUCAACAUCAAGCAGCACUAGUUCAACAACAUCCAGUACUAGUUCAACAUCAAGAACUACUAGCUCAACAACAUCCCGUACUCCUUCAACACCGAGCACUACUAGCUCAACAACAUCAACUACUAGUUCAACAUCGAGCAGUACUAGUUCAACAUCAAGCAGCACUAGCUCAACAACAUCCAGUACUAGUUCAACAUCAAAAACUACAACUUCAACAACAUCUAGUACUAGCUCAACAUCAAGCAGUACUAGUUCAACAUCAAGCAGUACUAGCUCUACAUCAACUAGUACUAGUUCUACACCAACUAGUAGUAGCUCUACACCAACUACUAUCGGUGGUAGUGCGAAUUCAGGUAGUGGCAAUUCUGGAAAUGGCAAUAACCAAUAUUCAGGAUACGGACAGGCCAACUACCAUUGA